AUGCCCGAACGCCGCGAGCACGAUUUCGAUGCCCAGGUUGAUACAGUCACCCACGCUUACGGCAGCCUCCCAUUAUCCGGAACGCCGAUUGGUGAAAUUGGAGGAAUGAAGUCUACUCCAGAUACUGUCCUCGCUAUGGUGAUAGACGCAAUGGUCAAAUCAAGGCCUAUAUCCCACCAAUUGGCUCAAUCCACAAUCUGUGGGCUCAUCAAUAACGAUUACCACAAAAUCGAGAAGCUAUCGGGAACUACAUGGGAAGAGCGAACGGAUCUACUGAGACAAGUUGGGUAUAAUCGGUAUCGAGAGCAGUGUGCCACCAACCUGGGUAACCUGUCCGAAUUUGUUCUGAAUAAUUAUGAUGGGGAUCUUAACAACCUGUUAGAAACUGCCCAUGGAGACCGCGAGGAGAUUCGGGCUUUGGUGAAGGAGAUUAAAGGAGUGGGUGAUCUGGGAGUGGAAUUGUUUCUCGACAAUGUUCAGAGCGUCUGGCCUUCGGUUGCACCAUUCGUCGAUUCCCGGAGCCUUCGCACGGCCGAGGAACUCGGCAUGGGAAGCGAUGUGCAUGCAAUUUAUAGCAAACUCCAGAAGGAUCCCGUGGCAAUGAGCAAGUUUGUCAACGGGCUCUCGGAAAUCCGACUGGAGAAAAAACAGCCCGAACUUGAGGAGAUGUGA